AAAGUUUGCAGGAGACAAAAACAACACACACAUAACCAGAUUGAUUUUAUUGAAGUUUAAGUCUACUGUUGGGUCUAGAUGUCACUUGAGCGAUUCAUUUCAAAGAUAACUUUAUUUAUUGUUACUGUUAAACUAAAAUCCAGGAUGGGGAAGUGGGAUGAUCUCAGAUUUUCUUGACACACCUUCCACGAGGUCAGACCUUUCACAUGUUGGGAGUCCAUCACCCUCUGCAGUUCUGCGUCGUCAUUGCCUGGAAAGAGAAGAGGUUCUUCUGGGAUGUGAAGAUGCAGAUUCUUCAUCCUCAGCUGUCACAAAGCAAUAUCAGCAUGAAGUGAGCAGCGCUGUGAGUUGUCAACAUUUCCAAGAAGAGCUGAUGAAUGAUGCAUCUGAGUACUUGCAACAGCAGCAGACAGGUCUGCUGUGAUUGGCUGUGAGCUUCAGGAACAAAAGGUCACCUGGUGGAGACACCAAAACUGGGUUGAAUGCACGAAACACAUUAGUUUCCAUUGCACGGGUAUAAAUUAGAGUUUGGACUCAGUGAGAGCGACUGGCUUGUGGAAAGAUGCGCCUGGUGGUCCUUGCUGUGGUGUGCUUGCUGUUUGUUGCAGAUGAUGAUGGGAGUGUGGGAGCAGCUCCAUUUGGACUUGAUGCUGUACAGAAAACUCAUGGAACAGCCUUCAGGAGAAGACGUGCAGGUGACUUCCUGGCAGAAGAUCCCAACCUGUGUCUCUCCCUGAGGCAGGAUGAGGAGCAACAGCAGCUCCUGUGCAACGACCGCCGCAGUAAAUUCAACUACAACCCAUUUGGCCUCCGAUUUGGGAAACGUUACAACAACUAUGUGUUCAGAAGAGCUGUGAAAAGAGCCAGAACAAGAGGCUUUUUACCGCUGUCCCUUUUCUCCCGAGAGCUGGAGGUGUCCACCUAAAGAAAUGUUGUGUCUUCAGGCAAGAAGUUGUGAAAUUUGUGUCCGGAAGUCACAAAUUAAAAAUCUUACCUGUAAUAAAAAUGUUUCCUUGAAUGAAA